UCCAUAAGCAAGACAUAAGAAUAUUAUUUAUUUAUUAAUGUAGGCUUUUAAGACUUACUAGGAUUGAAGAAAUUACGAGUUUUGGAUGUUGGAGUGAAUGAUUUGAGAACAAUUCCAAUUUUAAGUGCCUUACCCUCACUCAAGGUUCUAAAUGUUGAGGUCAAUCAUAUAAAUUCUUCCCAAUUGCAAGGAGUGUGCAUCUUAACUCUAAUAAAAUCAUGUAGUAUAUCUUCAGUUUGCUCCUAAUGCUAACCUAUUUGUCCAUUGUUUGAUAGGACUAAAAUAUUUGAGCAGGCUGGAGGCGUUGAAUCUAGGGAAUAAUAUUUUAAUGGGUGGCAUUCCACCGAUUAUUGGCACUUUGAGCUAUCUUAAAUCCUUAUCUCUUCGCGGCAAUAAUUUAAAUGGAUCUUUAUCCAUGGAAGGCUUGUGCAAACUCAACCUUGAAGAGCUGGAUCUUAGUUCUAAUGGAUUUGAGGGUAGUCUUCCUGCAUGUCUCAACAAUUUGACAUCCCUACGUUUGCUUGACCUAGCCGAAAAUGAUUUAUGUGGAACUGUUUCUUCAUCGCUCUUCUCCAAUCUGAAGUCACUCGAGUAUAUUUUUCUUUCUGAAAAUCAUUUCGAGGGCUCAAUCUAUUUUGGUUCACUGUUUAACCACUCCAGACUUGAGGUUUUCGACCUUCAAAGCAGUAACAAGGAUUUGAAGGUUGAGAUUGAAAAUCCAACAGGGUCAUUUCCUUUAUUUCAAUUGAAAAUCCUCCGGUUAUCCAACUGCACCCUCAAUUGGCGGGUUGUAACCAACUUUCUUCUGCAUCAAUAUGAUUUGAGAGUGGUCGACCUUAGCUACAACAAUAUGACAGGAGGUGUCCCGACCUGGUUAUUGGACAAUAAUAUCAAACUAGAAUACCUAAGCUUUCGAUGUAACAGCUUGACGGGUGUUCUUGAUUUGCCCUCAAAUUCAAAACAUUCCCACAUGCGUUCACUUGAUUUCUCCUCGAAUUGCAUUCAUGGAGAGCUUCCACCUUUCAUCGGCUCUAUUUUUCCAAGGUUGGAGUCCUUAAACUUGUCUGGAAAUGCAUUACAAGGACAACUACCUCAGCACAUGAUGAUGGGUUGCAUCUCAUUGGCGCUUUUGAAGCUAUCCAACAAUAGUUUACUUGGCACUCUCCCUACAAUAUCGAACUUGACACAGUUAAAAUAUUUGUUUUUGGAUAACAAUGACUUCUUGGGAAAGAUUUCUCAUGGAUUUUCUAAUAGCUCUUCCCUACAAAUUUUGGAUAUCAGUUAUAACUCGUUGACGGGUCAAAUUCCAGAUUGGAUUGGAGACUUCUCAGCCUUGAAUACCCUUAACUUGUCUAGCAAUUCUUUGGAUGGUGCUGUGCCAUCAGGCCUUUGCAAACUCAACGAACUACGCUUUUUAGACCUUUCUCACAACAAAAUUGGCCCAACCCUUCCUCCUUGUGCCAAUCUAACAAACAUGAAGUUUUUACAUUUGGAAAGCAAUAAACUAACGGGACAUAUACCCCAUGUUCUGUCUAAAGCUACUUCUCUUGUGACAUUGAAUUUGAAGGAUAACACCCUAUCAGGUCCAAUUCCCCUUUGGAUUAGUUUACUUUCAACAUUGAGGGUUCUUCUCUUGAAAGGAAAUCAACUUGAAGACUCAAUUCCUCUUCAUUUGUGUCAACUCAAAUCAAUCCGCAUACUGGAUCUUUCCCAUAAUCAUUUUUCCGGAAAAAUACCUUUUUGCCUAGAUAAUAUCACAUUUGGAAAUGAAGCUUCGUUAAUAGAUGAUACAUUUAGUCCUGAUGUCGAAUAUCGUUUUGAUAAAAACUCAGUAAUGUCUUUUCAUGACAUUCAUUUUCUUGUGUCCACGACUCUAGGUGUGAAUUUUGAGGUAUCAGCUGAAAGUGAAAAAAUAGAGUUCAUAACAAAGAAUAGGUCGGAAUCUUAUAUGGGACACAUCUUCAUGUCUGGAUUGGAUCUUUCAGGGAAUAAAUGAACAGGUCCAAUUCCUCCAGAAAUUGGAAAUCUAAGUGGGAUUCAUACUCUAAACUUAUCGUACAACCAGUUGAUAGGAUCUAUUCCAGAGACAUUUUCCAACCUAAAGGAAAUAGAAAGCUUGGACCUAUCCCACAAUAGAUUGACAGGUCAAAUUCCACCACAGAUGGUAGUAGAGUUAAACUUCUUGACGGUCUUCACUGUCGCUCACAACAAUUUAUCAGGUAAGACUCCAGAGAGGAAGUUUCAGUUUGCAACAUUUGAACAAAGCAGUUACGAGGACAACCCUCUUCUAUGUGGACUGCCAUUAGAGCGAAGUUGCACUCCCACUAGUGCCCCACCUGCAGUCAAACCACUAGUUUCAAACAACAAAGAAAAUAACUCUUGGGAAGCCAUAUUCUUAUGGAGUUUUGGAGGAUCAUAUGGAGUGGCAUUCUUAGGCAUCGUUGCUUUCCUCUACUUGAACUCCUCUUACCGAGAGCUGCUCUUUUAUUUCAUUGGAAAUCAUGUCCUUUUUCUUCGGUUAUGGGGUUGAUAAGCUAGUUCUAGUGUUUAAAUAAAUGAACUUUUGUAUAUUUGUAUGGACCUGCACUUUUCAAGUGCAUUCCUAUUUGAUGUCUUGAUUCGCGCUUUUUUAUUAAGGAAAAACUAAUUUAUGAAAUCGGAGUCGACCAUUAUUUA